GUAUUUCUGAAAAUGACACUGUAAACUAUUUUCAUGAUUUCUAAAAAAAAAAACUGCUCAAUUUAACAAAUCAAUUCAAGAAAUCGAUAACAUAUUUUAUGCAAAAAAAAAUAUAGAUGAAAAAAAAAUAAAAUGGUAAAUAUUUAUGGUAAUAUGGAAAUAUUUUGACCUCCGCUAUUUUGAAGUUCAUUUAAGUCAUAAACCACAGACAUUUAUUUGUGAGUUAAUAUACAACGCCCUGAGGUUUUUAAUAUAUUAAAAAAAACAAGAGAAAGAGAGAUAAUAAGUGACCAAACGAAUCAAGUGGAAAUGAAAAGAAACUGAAAGUACUUUCUUUGAUUUGUAAAAAGAAGACCUGACUGACUGAUAUAAACAUAACAUUAAAAUUAAUGAUGGAAUUCGUUUAUUUCUUUGUUGGUGGUUUGAAUUAAUUAAAAUUUAUAGACAGUUUUUGUUAAUAAAAGCAGAUGACGAUCAAAUAUAAAUUUCAGUUUGAAUACUUGACACCUCGCGUACGAGAGCUGCCAUUUCAUAUUUGCCCCUCGGAUCUAGGGCCAGUCGGAAAAAUUAACAAAAUGGAAUUAAAAACCUUACUUCGUUUAACUGUUAUUUUAACAGUAUUUGCAGCAGCCACAGUAAAUGUCGAUGCUGCUAGACGUGUCAUACUGCGUCCAUUGUCGGCCCAAGAAGUCGUAAGAAUUCUUCAGUUAGCAGGUCGUGAAGAUGCUGUGCCAGAGGGCCGCGUGGUUACCCAAGGACUGGCUGCUAUGACCGGUUUCGCUUUGGGUUUAACCAAAGGUAUUGGCGGUACAUUGCUCUUUGAAUUGGCUUCAUCAAAUGCUACCUCACAGUUCAUCAACAACUUUAAUGUCACUGGUAUGAUGGGAGAUUUUCAGGGUAUUAAUAUGACCGCUUUAACGCAAAUGUUUCAUUGGGGUUCCGCUAAUAAUUCCAGUGGCAUCAGAUACAAAACAACCGAAAUUUGCUUUAACACUCGCAUCGAAGAGCCCGUCGUUGAGGAGGUGGCAAGGCAGGCAGCUGCUACAUCUCCUGCUGUCACAUCUCCUACCGUAUCCGAUACCCCAGCUACUACUGAUUCCGCAACAGGUGGGACAGGCACCAAUACUGUUGACACAAAUAAUACUGGGACCGGUGUUGCCGACGGCACUGCAACCGCUACUAAUACCGAUACUGGAACUGGUACGUCUAUUGACACAGGCACUGCAACCGAUACCAAGACAAAUACGGUCACACAAACUAAUUCUGGAGACGGCAUGACAUGUAUAGUUAUGCAGAAACCCAUUGUACGUAAAAGACGUUCCUCACAUCGCAAACGUAGACGUUGAUGUUGUCCCCACAUUUGAGUACAAAAUUAUUUAAGUUUAAUUAUACAUAUUUAUUUAAUUUAUUAUUGCAAUAAAAUUUCCAAUACUUUAAAC